UCCAUCACGAAAACUCGAGCUUCAAGCUUAAGCAUCAUUAUUCUAUAGAUACACCCAGAUUCAACGAAUAGUGUCGUCUUAUCACAAUAUGCAGUCCCAACCAUAAACGGAUUCGCGUAUCGAUCGAAUGAUCGUCAGAAUCAAUUCUCCGCAACAUGCAAUUUGCUAUUUACCCGUUCAUCCACCUCCACCUCCGCGUCCCCCGCACCCCGCGCGCCGGCUGCUCAGGAACAACACUAUGAGCUAACUAUUACCAUCCCGCAGGAAUGAGAGUAAGACAAGUAAAGAUGCGCGUCGCCCAUGCGCACGUUGUAGUUGUCGGAUCUAUCUUUGGGCAUCUUUGUGAUUUAUCGACAAGAUGAUGUUUCUUAAGUUACUACUUUUCUUUGCGGUGUCUGUACUCGGCAAUGAGGUAGACAUCACGAGACGCGCCGUUUUACCCAGUCCUCCACAUGGCCACUGGAUCGAUGCAUGGGCUUCGAUGCCGCAGCUCACGGAGCCCGCGAACCUACCACCUGUGCCGUUUAACGGAACAGACGUAGUGUUCGCAAACUCUACUAUCCGUCAAACACUGUACAUGACCGCCGCGGCGUCGCAGAUCCGGCUCAAAUUCUCCAAUGUGUUUGGCGGCUCGAAUUUACCCAUCACGGCGGUCACGGUGGCGAUGCCGGCGAACAAUACAGCGGGUAUACAUCAGAUACAGGCCAAGACGCUGAGGAAGGUUACGUUCUCGGGCAAAAGUUCGAUCAGUAUACCGAAUGGCGCGCUGGCUGUGUCGGAUCCCGUCGACUUUCCGAUCAAGGCACAGCAAGUCGUCACAGUAACAAUGUACCUCGCGACAGGGCAAACGACAAACCUUAUCACCAGCCACCCCGGGAGCCGGACAACGAGCUGGUGGCAGUUCGGCGACGCCGUUAACGCGGCGGAGAUUACGGUCAGUGAUGCGAGCACGCAGUCGGCCGCACACUGGUACUUCCUAUCCAGCAUCGAAGCCUGGGUCCCCCGUGAACAAGGCAGUCUGCUCAUCGUGGGCGACUCCAUCACAGAUGGUCGCGGCUCCACGACAAACGCGAACAACCGCUGGCCCGAUCUUCUGCUCGCACGACUCCAACAAGGACUCACCACGAGGCGUAUCUCCAUUGGAAAUCUGGCGGCGGGGGGUAACAGGGUGCUAGCUGACGGGCUGGGACCAAAUGCACUGGGGCGCAUUGAUCGAGAUGUGCUGGCCCAUCCUGGGGUUCAGUACGCCAUGAUCUUCGAGGGGGUCAAUGACAUUGGGACUGCAGCGACGACGGCGAAUGCGCAGGACGACGUGUAUGAGGCGCUGACCCAGGCGUACGAGCAGAUGGUGACGCUCAUCCACGCACACGGUAUCCCUGUGUUUGGCGCGACUAUCACGCCGUUUUCUGCGCCCAGCAACUUCACGGGCCAGCCGUAUUCGAGUCCGGAGAGGGAGGCGACGAGGCAGAAAGUUAACUCGUUUAUUCGCGACUCGGGGACAUUUGAUGCGGUUGUUGAUUUUGAUAAACUGCUGGCUGAUCCUGAGGUUCCUAGUCGAUUGAAGGCGGAGUACGAUUCGGGGGACUAUCUGCAUCCGAAUGUGCAGGGUUAUCAGCACUUGGCGGAUCAGUUUCCGGUUGCUAUAUUUGAGCAAUGGGCGGGUGGCGUUGUUGGCUCGGCCCAGCCUCACCUCUCCCAAGCUCCAACCACGCCCAGCUAUCUCACCGACCUCUCCACAUCUCCACGCCUCCACCUCUCCGUCGCUCUAACCACCGCCUUGAGCUUCGACGUCAACCCGCGAACUCAUUCUACCACCCUCACAUCUCAUCUUUCCCUCACCGCCGCCAUGCAGCUCACCACGCUCCUCCUCGCUGCAACCAGCGCGCUCAGCGUCUCGGCCGGCUCCUCGUGGAUCACCAAGCAAGUCACCGUCAAGGAAGACUACAAAGUGCCGGGCGACAACCCUCUGUACUUCUGCGAGGAUCCCGCGAACAACAUCCUGAGCAUCGAGAAGGUCGACCUGGACCCCAACCCGCCCAAGCCCGGCUCCACGCUCAGCAUCAAGGCCGAGGGUAACUUCAAGGAGGAAGUCGGCGAGGGCUUCAAGAUGCACCUGCAAGUCAAGUACGGGCUGAUCACGCUGAUCAACCAGCAAGCCGACGGAUGCGAGACGAUCCAGAAGGGGGAUCUAGAGUGCCCGCUGGAGAAGGGCGAGAUGACGCUGACCAAGGAUGUUGAUCUGCCGCGGGAGAUUCCUCCGGGCACAUACACUGUUCUCGCUGAUGUGUACACCGCGGAUGGCGAUAAGAUUACUUGCUUGACUGCUAAGAUUGCUUUCCACCGGACGGGCGAUGGAGGUGUUAAGAUUGGGAAGCGCAGGGUGGAGAUGUCUGGGCCGGCUGCGAAGAUGGUGCAGGAGCGGUUGAGACUGCGCAAUGAACUAUGA